GAUUUUUCAGAUUAGAGAUUCAAUUGACCCAAAAAUAAAGGACACAUCUUUAAUCAUUUCGAUAAUUCCAACAUAAUAUAGUUUUUUUUUUACUCUGCUCGCCGUUUUCUUUAUCCUUUUUAUCUCUUUCUUCCUUUUAUUUAUACCUACCAUGCCUCCACAGAAGUCGCGGGGAGUAGUUGCCGCAAAAAAGACCGUUUCCGCACCUCGAACAACGAAAAAAUCGAGUAAGGGCCCUGCUGCUGAUUCUUCGUCUGGGGCCAAGGGUCAGCCUAGGGAGUACCACAACAACAGCGAUAAUGAAGGCGAAGGGGAAGCUUCACAGGCCAUUACACCCGCCACAAAAAGGUCAGGCAAGGUGAGCAAGGAUGAUAGCGAUGUUGCACCGCCUGAUACGCUGGUGCUAAACAGGCGCACGCGCCUGGUAUUUUCAACAGACGAAGGGGUAGUUGAGGCCAAGGCUAAGGCCGCAACGACUAAGCAGGGUGUGCGCAAACCAGCAGCCAAGCCGGCGGUCAAACGAGCAGUUAAGCCAGCAACCAAACCGGCAGCAAACCGGCGGCCCCGCGUAGAAGACAAUGAGGCAUUUGGUCGUAUGGGCGUCAACAACAGCGACGGACUGUCUGAUUCUGAUGGUCCUGGCAUGGACACCCGACAAAGAAGCGCGGCAAGGCUACCUCGCUGUUUGAGAGGCAAGGCCCAGGCAAACAGCAAGAACGGGCGGCCAUUCAGAUUAAAUGCCCCGGUUGGUGACAGAUUGAAUUCAAAAAGCAGCGCUGGGUUUGAAUCAGAGCUCGAACCUGACUCUCCCACGUCCCCAUCGGAGCUGGAAAAGAUAGCAGAAUCUCGGACCAACGCCAGGGCCAAGGGCAGGAUCUCAAAGUACGACGUUUUUGUGGAGAUUGACUCGCCAUCGAGGUUUGAGCGCAGCCGCGAUGCUGAUGUGUGGCGGAAAAAGUAUGACGACUUGUUUGGGCUGCGGCAGACAAAGGCGGAGAAGGAGUACGCGGAAUACAAACAUUCGGCCGAAAAUCGGUUCGAGGCGGCCGACGCGCUUAUCAGGAAGCUCCGGGUAGAGUCGUCUGAGAUGAAGGCUCAGAAUGGCGAAGCGGCCAGCCGCGCGGUGAGCGACAAGAAGUUUGAGAAAGAGGCGGCGCUGCUGCGCCAACAGGUCGAUAGGCUCACGCAGGAGGCGCUGGUCAAAGAUGAGGCGAUCAAGACGAUGGACGAGCUGCUCAAGCGGGCUGAGGCCAACUCUAACGUUGGGCUGCGCAAGGAAAUGCAGAUUCUUCAGGAGCUGAGCGGGCUCUGCAUCGACGAGGCGGUGGACGGCGACGAUGGUCCGUCGUAUGCGUUCCGGCAGUCCGGGCCGUUAGUGGCUGCCCAAUACAAGCUGACGGAGCUCGACAAUUGCCAGGGCAGCUACCAGUACAUGCCGCUGGGGGACACAGCAGCGCUGGACGCUUUGCCGGAGUACCUCAGGGAGGAGAUGUCAUUUGACAAGUCGAAGGCCAGCAUGUUCUUCUGGCGCAUGUGCUACCACCUGAACAAUUGGCAGGCGGCGGACAGCCAGGAUGCGGACGGAGAGGCGCCAGCCCAGGUCCAGGCCGAGGGCAGCACCACGCAGACAGCUUAAUAUGACUGCGGGCGGAUGCGCAAGCCACAGCAGCUUCUUGUAACCAGUUUAUUUUUCUUCUUUCUUCCGGAUCAUUAUAUUUUAUUUUAUACUUUCCAUU